AUGGUGUUCUCCGCAGCUCGCUCUCUAGAAGCCUCCUCGAGAGCAAGGUGUCGUCGAAGACAGCUAUACCACCAGCAGAAGCCUGACUAUGGAAAAAGUCAAGUGACCAAGGUAGACACUCCGACUUGUCAUGUUGUCCAGCACAAACAGACACAUGGCGACUUGAGACAUGUAUACUGGGAACAUGAUCAAACUUGGGAUCGGGGUCUGCCAGCUAAGAAGAACGGCACUGAUCCCAGUCUCGAGAGGAUCAAAUACGUUUACAAAAGCACCGACCAAACUUUGGAGCUUUUAGCAAUAAAAGAUUUAGAAGACAAGCUAGGGUGCUUGGCCAUUGCUUUGGAGAACAGACCAUUGAGAGCCGUCAGUCCAGGCGUUGAAGAAGCCUAUAUGCGAGGAGAGCCUCUUACUCCUCCCGAGAUCGAGUUUUCUGAAUACAGUGGGGAAGACGACUACUGGGCCUGGGAUCAGGAAACUCAAGUGUUCAGGCACUGGGAUGAGGAUUUGAGAGAGUGGGUUAGCUUUCCUGAGAGGUUUGACUGA